GGACAAACAUUUGCUGCCUCUGGGGACAUCCAAAAUAAAGUGAUGCCAGCUUUUUAGUCACCUCUGUCACCUUUGAUCGAAGAUGUUCUCAAGUCAGCAAACAUUUACUGAGUACCUUCUAUGUACAAGAUGAACAUCUGCAACAAGCCCUCCAACAAGACAGCCCCUGAGAAGAGUGUGUGGACUGCACCUGCACAGGCCAGCGGACCCUCCCCAGAGCUGCAGGGCCAGCGGUCCCGCCGGAAUGGGUGGAGUUGGCCUCCUCACCCACUCCAGAUUGUGGCCUGGCUGCUGUACAUCUUCUUUGCUGUGAUUGGCUUUGGGGUCCUUGUUCCCCUCCUGCCUCACCACUGGGUGCCCACUGGCUAUGCUUGCAUGGGCGCCAUCUUUGCUGGCCACCUCGUGGUGCACCUGACUGCUGUCUCCAUCGAUCCGGCAGAUGCCAAUGUGCGGGACAAGAGUUAUGCGGGGCCCUUGCCCAUCUUCAACCGCAGCCAACAUGCACAUGUCAUUGAAGACCUGCACUGCAAUUUGUGCGACGUGGAUGUGAGCGCUCGUUCCAAGCACUGCAGUGCCUGCAACAAGUGUGUGUGCGGCUUCGACCACCACUGCAAGUGGCUCAACAACUGUGUCGGAGAAAGGAACUACCGGCUCUUUCUACACAGUGUGGCAUCGGCUUUACUGGGUGUCCUGCUCCUCGUGUUGGUGGCCACUUAUGUUUUCGUGGAGUUCUUUGUCAAUCCCAUGCGAUUGCGUACCAACCACCACUUUGAAGUCCUGAAGAAUCACACGGAUGUGUGGUUUGUGUUUCUACCUGCUGCCCCUGUGGAGACCCAGGCUCCUGCUAUCCUGGUCCUGGCUGCCCUACUCAUCCUUCUGGGCCUGCUCUCCACAGCCCUGCUUGGCCACCUGUUCUGCUUCCACAUUUAUCUCAUGUGGCACAAGCUCACCACCUAUGAGUACAUCGUGCAGCAUCAUCCACCACAGGAGGCAGAAAGGGCCCACAGGCAGCUCCAGUCAUGUCCCCCCAAGAUGCGGCCCAUUCAGGAGAUGGAGUUCUAUAUGCAGACCUUCAGCCAUGUGCGCCCAGAGCCCUCUGGCCAGGCCAGACCUGCUGCAGUGAGUGCCAAUCUCUCCCGGUUCCUUGCCAACAGCGGCCAAGUGGACCCUCCACCACCCUCCUCCCCAGAGACUCUUGCUUUGCCCCCCAGGAUUCGACCCCAGAAAAAGAGGAAGCCGGGGCCCCGGGCCCCAGGCCACCACUCCAGCUCCUCGUCGGAUUCUUCGGGCGCUAGCCCGGUGCACGCAGCUGGCCCUGCAGGCGCCUACCACGCGGCCUCAGCCGAGUCCAUGGACGAAAUUCCUGUGGCUCAGACGCAUCUGGGCAGCGCCGCUCUGGCCAAUCUCGGAGACAGGGGCAGAGAGCCGGGGCUGGCGCUGCAGGUUCACGCUCCUGCUGUUUUCGUGAGCCCAAGCAGUGGUGAGCCCAGGGCGCCGGACAGCCCAGAGGCUUAGCUGGGCAGAGAGGCAGGAGGGCAGAGGUGGAGCGGCUGGCCCAAUUCUGUGCAACACCCACACCCUCGCCUACUGAGUGUACUUACGGAGCCCUUACAGCCGGUAGGAUCAGUCUACCUCCCCCACAACUAAGCAGUAUGCACCCCACC